GCCGGCCGCCCGCCAAUCCGUAAGCUCGUCGCCGUCUCCGCCGCUCUCUGCUCUCUUCCCUCUUAUCAUCCUUCCCUCCCUUCCUAUCUCUCCCCCACCGCAUCCCCCUAACUUAUUCCUAUCCAUUCACAAUGAAGGCCUCCGCUAUUUUGGCCCUCGGUGCUCUUUUGAGCUCCACCGAGGCUGCUGUCCACUCCAUGAACAUGAAGAAGAUCCCCCUCACCGAGCAGCUCGCCAAGCUCGACAUGACCUCGCACAUGAACGCUCUCGGCCAGAAGUACCUCGGUGCUUACAAGGGACAGGAGUUCGAUGCUGAGGCCGCUCACAACGUUCCUCUCACCAACUUCCUUAACGCUCAGUACUUCACUGAGAUCUCUCUUGGAACCCCUCCCCAGGAGUUCAAGGUCAUCCUUGACACUGGUUCCUCCAACCUGUGGGUUCCUUCCGUCUCGUGUGGAUCCAUUGCCUGCUACUUGCACACCAAGUACGACUCGUCCGCGUCGUCGUCCUAUGUCAAGAACGGCACUUCCUUUGACAUCCAGUACGGAUCCGGCUCGAUGUCUGGCUUCGUUUCCAACGAUAUCUUGACCAUCGGUGACCUCGAGAUCAAGAGCCAGGACUUUGCUGAGGCCACCCAGGAGCCCGGCCUUGCCUUUGCCUUUGGCCGUUUCGACGGUAUCCUCGGUCUUGGAUACGACACCAUCUCCGUUGACGGCAUGGUUCCCCCCGUCUACAACGCCAUCAACCAGGGUCUCCUUGACGAGCCCCUCUUCUCUUUCUACCUCGGUGACACCACCGUCGAUGAGGAGAUGGGUGGCGUUGCUACCUUCGGUGGCAUCGACGAGUCUCACUACACCGGUGAGAUCACCUGGUUGCCCGUCCGCCGCCAGGCCUACUGGGAGGUUGACCUCAAGAGCAUCACCUUUGGCAGCGAGUCUGCUGAGCUCGAGAACACUGGUGCCAUUGUUGACACCGGCACUUCGCUCAUUGCCCUCCCCACCGGCCUUGCCGAGAUCCUGAACAUGGAGAUUGGCGCCAAGAAGAACUGGCAGGGACAGUACACCGUUGACUGCGAUGUCCGCGACACUCUCCAGGACAUCUCGUUCAACCUCAACGGCAAGGAGUUUGCUAUCACCGCUAAGGACUACAUCAUGGAGGUCCAGGGAUCCUGCAUCUCUGCCUUCAUGGGCAUGGACUUCCCCGAGCCGGUCGGACCCCUCGUCAUCCUCGGUGACGCUUUCCUCCGCAAGUGGUACUCCAUCUACGACAUCGGCAACAACCGUGUCGGUCUUGCCCAGGCCAAGUAAAUCUCCUAUGUCUGAUCGGUUCGAAUGAGAAAAUAUCAAACGUAGAAAGGUCUCGAGACAUUAUUUGCUAGACAUUGGGAUUACUUUUGCUUUGUUGUUCGUUCGGGUGAAUCGAUAGGCUUGAGAUUACUUGCUUGCCUCAUCUUCUCUUUUCGGCUCUUAUAUUUUUAUCUCU